ACGAGGCUGUGAGAGCUGUGUGUGAGAGCUGUGUGUGAGAGAACUGUGUGUGAGAGAGAGCUGUGUGUGAAGGAGCUGUGUGUGAAAGAUGCUGUGUGAGAUUUCCUCCAUGCUGAAGAAGGUGCUGCUGUUUACUCUGACUGGAGCAGUCUUCUUUACCAUAGGUAUCCUGAUCGGCCAUUUUGGGAUCGAUCAGAAGAAGUCCACACCGUUACCUGAGUGGGUGCAGAAGGUCAGUCAGGAUGUGGACGAGAACCUCAUCGAGAACUUCCUCGCUCAGGUGGACACCCGGCACAUUGAGGAGAACCUCCAGGUCCUGACCCGUGUCCCCCACAUGGCCACCACAGCCGGGGAUGAAGCCACAGUGAACUACAUGCUGAAGCGAUGGCAGGACAGAGACUCGGGGCUGGACGCUGCUUGGAGGGAGGAUUACAGAGUUUAUCUUUCCUUCCCGGACAAAAGCAAACCCAAUAACGUGACAGUGGUGAGAGGUUCUGAGGUGGUGGACUUCAUACGGGAGAAGGAGAAGGCGUACAGUAAGGAUCAGGAAGACCCGGAAGUGGUGCAGCCGUACGCUGCCUUCGGACCUGCAGGCAAUGUCCAGGGAAAGCUGGUGUAUGCUAACCAGGGGAAAGUGAGUGACUACGAGCAUUUAAACAAAACCCUGGGCAACUUAACUGGAACCAUCGCCAUCGUCAGAUACGGAGGAGCAGGAAGAGCUGAUAAAGGUAUAAACGCCGCCCCUUUCGGAGUCGUCGGUGUGCUGGUCUACACAGACCCCUAUGACAUCAACGACGGCAAGAUGUCUGAUGAAAAUGAAACCUUCCCCCACUCGUGGUACCUCCCACCCUCCGGCGUCGAGAGAGGGAGUUAUAAAACCAACUUUGGAGAUCAGCUCACACCGUACCUGGCGGCCAAAAACGGCACGUACAGAAUCAAUGAGAAGGACAUCCAGGGGGUUUCUCCCAUUCCCCUCCAGCCAAUCGGGUUUGAAGAUGCGAUGAAGUUCAUAUGUGAGCUGGAUGGAUCUGCAGCUCCCGACAACUGGCAGGGAUCGUUUCCUUGCAAAUACAACUACGGUGGACCAGGGUUCAAACAAACGUCUCAAUUUAAAGACUGUGAGGUGAAGCUGGAUGUGUACAACAAGGCGGAAUUAAGAGACUCGGCCAAUGUGAUGGGAGUGAUCUGGGGCAGUGUGGAGCCAGACAGGUACGUGAUAUAUGGCAACCACAGAGACAGCUGGGUUCAUGGUGCCGUGGACCCCAGCAGUGGGACAGCCGUCAUGCUGGAAAUCACCAGAAACUUGGGUCAGCUGGUCAAGACAGGAAAAUGGCGGCCUCGGAGGACGCUGAUCUUCGGCAGCUGGGGAGCCGAGGAAUUCGGUCUGAUCGGAUCUGCUGAAUAUGCUGAGGAGUACAUCAGCAAGCUGAGCCAGAGAACAGUGGCCUACAUCAAUGUGGACAUCUCAGUGUUCGCUAACGCUACACUCAGAGCCUCGGCCAGCCCCGUAGCGCAGGACGUCAUCUUCGCCGCCUCCAAACAGGUGAAGAUACCUGGCUCAGACACCGUAUCCGUAUACAGCAACUGGAUGCUUCAUUCGAACCGGACGAGUCCCUCGCAUGGAAUCAUCCCCAAUAUGGGAUAUCUAACAGGGGCGGGAAGUGAUUACGCCGCAUUCAUGCAUUAUCUGGGCAUUUCCUCCAUGGACAUCUCCUACACCUACGACCGGAGCAAAACCAGAGCGCGUAUCUACCCUGCGUACCACACGGCCUACGACACCUUUGAAUACGUGUCCAGAUUCAUCGACCCAGGCUUCACCAGUCACCAGACCGUAGCGCGGACCGCUGGGAACGUCCUGUUGCGUCUAGCAGACAGCAUUCUGCUACCGUUUAAAUGUAGCGACUACGCCGAGACUCUGGAGCAGUACCUCACCGUAGCCGUGGACAACUUCGAAGCUGAUCUGAAGGCUAACGACAUCUCCAUGGAACCCUUAAAGGAAGCGGUCAAGUCGUUCCGGGCUGCGGCCACCAGUCUGGAGCAGACCAUCAGCAGUUCGGACAUCGUGAACAACUCACCGCUGAAAGCUCGCGGGAUCAAUGACCAGCUCAUGCUGUUGGAUCGAGCCUUCCUGAACCCACUCGCUUUCCCUGAGAAAUACGGAUUCAGGCAUGUGAUCUGGACGUCUCGGUCCUCCAGUGUGGUCACGUUUCCAGGUCUGGCAGACGCAGCAUCGGCAGCGAAGGCGAGCGGCCUGAAGGAGGACUGGGCUGAAUCACACAAACAUCUGUCCAUCGUCACACAGGCCAUCUCCGGAGCAGCACACACACUCACUGAAGCUCACGCUGCCCUGUAACACACAGCUUCAUCCCAGCAGCACACAAUAAACACGUGUGUGUGUGGUUUUUUUUAAAGAUGUAUAUAAAUUUUGUGUACACAGUUUUAAUAACCAGUCAGCUGGAAUAAUAAAAA